GUUAUAUCCGCCACACAAUGCUGGUUGUCUCGCUCUGCUGGACAGCAGUUGCGUUAAUGCCUUCCCAAGGGGCAGCCCCUGCUUUGAGACUUCAUCCUGGUCAGGGUAGCUGAGCGGGGAACAUGGUCAGGAUACGCGGUGUCACUGCCAGGGGAGUGCUGCUGUGGUACUGGCUACUUGUAAUGCAGGACGGUGGUCACGGUGUUUCUAUAGAGUUCAACUGUCUUCGAGAGGGUACAAGCUGUAAGGCUGGAGGCACAUGCACCCCAGAAGGAGAUUGUGUCUGCCCGGGCAACACGGGUGGCUUUGACUGCUCUCACGACACCUCCUCUAAUGCUGCGGAUCAGAGAAGCUGUGGCUGUAACGAGGCUGCCCAAGGGUUCUUCUGUAAGACGAACGGAGAUUGCUUCUGUCCACCUUCUCACUACGGAAACAAGUGUCAGUUCAAAACGUUUCAGGUCGUCUGCUCUCUUCCCGGAAAAAUAAUCACCAACAUCAAUGUUCCGGGAGCUAUGACCGCACGUGUCUUCCUCAAAGACAAGAGAGGAAGUUGUGAUUUUAGUACCACUGUCCCUGCUGACACUCCUGCAGGGUGGGUUGGAACAUUCCUGGAGGUCGGCAUUGAUGCCACCUCUAACUGUCCAGCAGAGAUUGUCACACGUCCAAAUGGUGUUGUUGGACAUUGCGUGACCUCGAUGCUACAAUACAACGCCCUAUAUAUCAGUGGACAGGACGCUGCCAUCCGUCUCUGCUGCGAGGAUACUGUCGUGUCCAAGGAUGUGGGCCAGCUUCAGCCUGUUGAUAGGUCUACGACGCUGGCACCACAACGGACGUCCCUCGUACACGCUUCCAGCGCAGUGACCAUUGUCCUGGCUGUCCUGGCGUGGAGUGUUACUGCACUGCUACGAUAAGAGACACUGAACCAUUUAUGUCAGAUAGUCUUCAGAACCACAUCCCGUAGGUCUAGCCAUUCAACGAGGUCGUCGACACACAAUUACUCCUGUCUGGCUGGAAGGAUUUAACAAUUUGUUUGACAUUUGUUUGUCCGUUUGCUUGUUUUCAAAGGUCAAAGGUAUAGAUUUUGUAGCUAACCAAUCUUAAAAGUCGUGGAAUCAAACAAUCCAAUAGAAAUUAUGACCAUGUCUGGUUAACAGUGGAAGUAUACUAGAAGAUCGAAAUAUACCAGUUCUGUAAUCAAAGCAAUAAUAAAAGAUGUAUGACUAUUUACUACUAA